UAUCUCCAAGCCAAGCUUAGGCCUUGGCCAGCCCAAAAGGGUAAGGGAUAAGGGCAAAAUGGUAAUAUCUGGCCGUCUCCAUUAGACAAUCCAGUUGACCUUUCAAGCACUCUCCUUCGAACCCACGUUUCUGCAUACUCCCAUUUGAAACCUUCCCCCCACCUUCAUUCCCACAUCACCAUUUCUUCAAAUUUACGUCAAAUUCGUCCCAAAUUCACCUCAAAUUCAAUCCCCCAACUCUCUCACCAUAGUUUGAAAUUCCCCAACCAAAAAAAUAAAUAAAUAAAAAAUAUCCCAAUUAUCACCCGCAUUGCUCAUAAGAAUCCGUUAAAGCUCGAAGCUUUGCCUGCCCCCACUUCGAUCCCGAAACGAUGUCGUUCGAGGACGAGGAGGAGGCGUUCGAGCACACGCUGCUCGUGGUCCGCGAGGUCGCCGUCUACAAAAUCCCGCCGCGGAGCACAUCCGGCGGGUACAAGUGCGGCGAGUGGCUCCAGUCCGAUAAGAUCUGGUCGGGUCGGCUCCGGGUUGUGUCUUGCAAGGACCGGUGCGAGAUCCGACUGGAGGAUCCGAACUCCAGCGAGCUCUUCGCCGCCUGCUUCGUCCACCCGGGCCAGCGCGAGACCUCCGUAGAGACCGUGCUCGACUCGUCGCGAUACUUCGUGCUCAAGAUCGAGGACGGCAACGGAAAGCACGCGUUCAUUGGGCUGGGGUUUGCAGAGCGAAACGAAGCGUUUGAUUUCAACGUGGCUUUGUCGGACCACGAGAAGUACGUCAAGAGAGAGCACGAGAAGGAGAGCAACGGCGGCGAGACCAGCGACGAUGGCCAUAUCGAUAUUCACCCUGCCGUUAAUCACAGAUUGAAAGAAGGUGAGACGAUAAGGAUAAAUGUGAAGCCGAAGCCGACGAGUGGGACUGGGAUGUUGUCAGCGGCUGGGCUAUCCGGGACGGUGAAGCCCAAACCGAUUAGUUUGGGCCUGGCUCCGCCGCCCGGGUCUGGGAAAGUGAGGUCGGCUCUGCCGCCACCUCCUAAUGAUCCUGUUGCUGCUAGAAUCAGCUCUGGUGGUGGCCUCAAGUCACCCCCGGAUAACCCGAGGCGGAGCUCCGACCCGUUAUCCGAUCUUUCUCAGAUUGAGAGGAAUCUUCCUUCAGCGACUGGAUCAGGUUCAACAAAGACAACCGCUGCAGGAUGGGCGGCUUUCUAAUUGUGUGUGAGCAUUUUGUUAAUUAUGAUCGAGGUCUUCAUUUAUUUUUAUUUAUUUUUAUCUUUUUUUAAGAGAAAAGUGAGGAAGGAAUAUGUGAGAAAAGAAAGAAAGCACACAAGAUACCAAAUACUUCCAUUUAUGGAAAUAAUGUUUCCCUGCAAUAUAUUUUGAAGCUUCUCUUGUCCUGACAUCUAUGUUCUUUGUGCCGGCUAGUUGUUAACUUAAAAUUUCAAGCUUUCACUUCUAUAUAAUAGAGAAAUGUUCCUUGUCUAA